AUGGCUGCGCGGCUAGGUCUAAUAGUGCUCAACACGGGAAAUGCAACCACGUUCAGAAGACCGGGAUGCGAGGAAACCACACCAGACAUCACCCUAUCAACAGAACGCAUGGCAGGCUCAAUAAAUAAUUGGAAAGUCCUGGAGGACUACACUGGCAGUGAUCAUCACUACAUCUCUUUCAUGAUCGACACUGGAAGAAACGCUCACCAGCUCAGCAAAUAUAGUGGAACACGAAAGUGGAACAUUUCGAAGCUAGACACAUCGAAAUUAAUCGCCGCAAUAGACGAGCAGAACCCAUCUAGCGGCCCCUCCCUUAUAGCAAGAAAAACAGUCGAGCACACAAUGCGUAAUAUAACCAAAGCCUGCCAAAAAUCAAUGCCCAAGGCUACCCACAGCAAACGUAAAGCAGCAGUCUACUGGUGGACUGAAAACAUCGCCGAACUCAGACGCACGUGCCUCCGCCUUCGCAGAUCUUACACGAGAUCCAGGCGCAGAGGAGCCGCACCCCAAGAAGCCGAGCAAUACAAAGCAGCAAAAAAGGAGCUGAAGCACGCCAUCGACGACAGUAAAAAGAAAAAAUGGGAGGAACUACGGGAGGAUAUAAACAGAAACCCCUGGGGGCUAGGGUACAAAAUAGUGAUGAAAAAACUCGGCGCUCGAGCAAAGCCACCUGACGUAACCGCUGCCAAAAUGGAACACAUCGUGAACGCACUAUUCCCCACACACGAAACAAAAGCCAGUGAUCCAGAACAAACUCUAAGCACUGCGGAAAUACCUCAGUUCACCCUUGAAGAGCUGCAAGUAGCCACCGGCAAGCUCAAGGCGAACAAAUCACCCGGCCCGGACGGGAUCCCAGCAGAAGUCCUCAAAAUAAUCGCUGCAGAACGCCCAGGACGGGAAAGCUGUACGAAAGCCUACUUAAACCCAGACUCGAAGCGGCUAUCAACGAAGCUGGAGGACUGUCGCCUAGACAACACGGCUUUAGACCCGGCAGAUCAACCAUAG